AUGAAAGGGGCAUUUUACCUCUUUUCAUUGCCGCCCCAGUGGGCAGCGCUCUUCUGCUUCGAUGUCGCUUUCGACCCCCUCGAGUUGGGCAUCCGCGAUUGGGGGGAUGAGCCCAUCUGGCUGGGUGCGACCACGGUCCCCAUGGGCUGGUGCAACGCCAUGGGCCUCUUCCAGUACUUGCACCGCCGGCUUUUGAUAUCUGGAGGCGUGCACCCGCGCGGACUACCCUUGCGGCGCGAAAUCCGGAAGGACAGGCCCUUUCCAGUGGCCCGCUCCGGCGACGACGAGUUUGACCAGCUCUGGCAGAUCUACUGCGACGACGCCGACUACGGCAAGCUGAUCAGCAAGCAGGAGCGUUGGCACCAGCACUUAUCCCAGGCUGCCUGCUUUUCAGAGGCCGCCCGCGCACGUUACGAUGAAUGGGCGGUGCCGCUCAGUGCCAAGAGCGGCACUGACUGUAGUUCAGUGUCCAGGCUUGGGGCGUUGCUGGAUGGAGCCGACGGGCGCCUUCGGCUCACGCCGAAGAGGGUCGGGUUACUUACCCGCCUGUCGUGCCACUGCAUCGCGUCGCCCGCGGUGCGGCGCAAGCACUUGGAGAUCGUCAUCGGCCACUGGGUGCACGCCGCGUCCUACCGGAAGGAGUGCAUGAGCUGUUUCCAGGAGGUUUGGCACGUACUAUCCCACUGGAGCGGAGGUCCUCGCGCGCUGCCGGAGGGGGCCCGCCGGGAGCUUCUCCUGGCCCUCGCGUUGCUCCCAUGCUUCGAGUACGACCUCCGCAGCCCCAUCUCGCGCGUCAUGACGGCCUCGGACGCCAGCGAGAACGGCGGCGGCGUCACGUACACGUCCAGGCACACCGCCGAGGGUCGCACCGCCGCUCUGUGUGAGCUGGCAGGCGGCUGCGCUCAUGGUCGCGACCUCCUCGUGCUCCUCGAGGUCGGCGGUUGUGGGCGUGGGCGCAUGGCAUUCGACAGCGUCGGGCUCGAGCUCUCGCUGCACGGGCUGCUGUCGGUCACGCCGGACGCUGCCCGGACGGUGCGGGCCCGCUGGCCCGAGGCCGAGGUUUUGGGCGACCUGCGAGCAUUCGAUGCGAUCGCUGCUCGCCGCUUGCUGGGCCGCGCCGCUCACGCCACCGACCUCGUCUUUAUGUGCCACAUCGGGUCCGCGUUGGAGCUCGAUGCCGACCUGCCCCUUAUUUGCUCCGCGCAGCGUGUCUUGCAGCGCGAGGGGGCCGGGUUGAGGGUCUGGCCGGUGUGCCUCGCCGCGCCCUCGACCUCGCGCGAGCAGCUGGAGUCUGUCACGCGCGCCUUCCGCUCCAUCCCGCUCUUUAUGGACGUGUCGACGGUGUCCGAGAGCACAGGUUGCGAAUUUUGUUGGUUGAGCUGGCCGCUGGAGGGUGGCAGUCACCUUCGGAUGUCACGCCAGCCGGACCGCAUCUUCCUGAGCUGGUCCGAGUCUACCCCAGCCGUCCCCCCGGCGGCGGCAGGCGCUGGCUUGCGGAGCACAGGGGCCAGGAGCGGCGCACGCAGCUGCCCGCUCGGAAAGGAGUGCCCUGCCGGGGCCGCGCAGAGAGGGUGUAUGCAGUGCAUCGCGCUGCGGCUGGGCUUUCCGCACGACUUCUUCCUCCAAGCCCGGAGUCGCAAGUCGGGCUGCACGUCGGAGGCCCUCGACCAGGCUCGCCACGCCGUGGCAGCGCAGUGUGGGCCCGUGGCCCCCCUUGCGUACCUGGUUGGGCUGUGGGGGUGGCAGAGAGGCUUCUUGCCCGACACCCCGACUCCCGACGUGGCCUGUGGCGGACUCUCAGCCGCGGGCUCCGCCUUCGUCGAGCGCCUGGCCGGGAGAGCGAUUGAGGAGAUCGCCUGCGCUGGUUCACAUCAGCUUUCGCUCGAGGCCAUGGUCCGUUCCACUAUCUUCAAAGGAUCGGACGUCAGGAUUGCUACGGCCUCCCUGUGCGACCCCAGCAGCUGGCCGCGCAGAGGCAUCCCUGCGGCCAGGUGGGAUUGGAUGACCUGCCAGGCUUGGCGCUGGCGCGACGCCGAGCAUAUCAACGAGCUCGAGCUGCGCGCCGUGCUCAGCAGCGUCCGGUGGCGCCUGCGGAGCAGCAUGCAGAUAAAUUCGCGCUUCGCUCACAUCUUGGACUCGCAAGUGUGCAUCGGAGUGCUGUGCAAAGGGAGGUCUUCUGCCCGGGGCCUCCAAAAGAUUCUCGCCCGCAUCGUCUCGUUGCUGCUCGCUGGUAGUCUCCACCCGCACUGGGUCUAUGUGAGGUCGGCGGACAACCCCGCCGACGCGGUUGCUGACUAUUUGGAGGCGCUGUGGGACGACGGAUCGUCCCGCAGUUUGGCCGCCGACACCCUCUCGGGGCUUCAGCAUCUGGUGCCGAGCCUUCGGCGCGAGCUCAAGGAGGGCUGGCGCCUGCUCCGCACGUGGGAUCAGAAUGAGAUGCCCAGCCGCGCCCCGCCGUUACGACCGGAGGUGGCGAUUGCCUUGGCGGGCUUUGCGCUCGCCGACGGCCGCGAGGAUGUUGCCACUGCAAUCCUGGCGGGCUUCAACGGCUUGUUGCGCCCCUCCGAGAUGCUCAUCUCUGCGGGGGACUGCGUCUUCGACCACAGCCAGUGCACGUGCGUGGUCAACCUUGGGCUUACUAAAGGCGGGAAAAGGCAGGGGUGCCCUGAGGACGUCAUCAUCGAUGACGAGUUCGCCUACUUACUGCUCCGCCGGGCGCUUGCAGGGUGCGCAGCUGGCACUGCCCUCCUACCGAGGGGUCUUGCCAAUUUUCGCGCAUCUUUCGCCAGCUACCUUGGCAAGGCGGGCCUCGACCCCAGCAGAAUAAAGCCCUAUAGCAUCCGCCGUGGCGGCGCCGCCCACCAUUUCUCUUCGCUCGGCAACAUGGCGCUGACCUGCGAGCGAGGCCGCUGGCGCUCCAGAGCGACAGCCAAGAUUUAUAUCACAGAGGGGGUGGCUGCCCUAGAAGCCGUCGCGGUCACCAAGCAGCAGCGGGCAGCUUUGGCCUUGGGGCAUCAGUUGUUCCACAGGCACAUUGAGCGCAUCAUGGACGGUGGCAAGUAA